AAACGGGAACGCCCACUUGGACACGGCAUGGUUUCAUCCUCUUCCUUGUCAACAAAUGAAUGAUUAAUAAUUAAUUCUGAUAUAAAUUCUGAUUUAUUUGAUCUUUUCGGCUACAUGAGUGCAGAUUAAAAGGCGCGGCGGUGGACAGGGUCGCUGAUGAUGCGCUGAUAGGCGGAUUAUCAGUGGAAAGCAGAACACCCCUGUUCAGCAGUGGAUCCUCGCUGUUUGUGUUUAAAUGUGAUGAUCUGUGAUGUUAUGAAUCUUCAGGCUUUAGUGAUGAUCAGAUCAUCGGCUGCUGCUGCUUUAAUAUAAGGAUGUUUGUAGUGUCGCGGUGGAUUGUGGGCAGGCCUCGGUCCUCCAGUCGCUAAUCUGACUGUAAGAGGAAAAAUGGCUGCUCCGGGAGCUGCAGCCGGUCCUCCUCCUGGUUCAUGUGCCAGCUUUGCUGUGGUUUGCUCUUUUUUGGAGAGGUACGGUGUUGCCUUGGAUCUACCCGACAUGACUUUCCCGCAGCUGGAGGCUUUUCUACAGGAGACAUCAUCAGUUCCACAACCUCUCAUUGACCUUCAUGUGAAGUUACUUCGCAAACUUGGCAAGUCGGUCACACAUGACAAAUGGGAAAAAUAUCUUGUCAAGGUGUGUCAAGAGUGUAAUAGUCAGUUUGCCUGGGAGCUGGAGAGGAAAGGUUAUCCAGAAAUGUCCAUGAACUGCAAAGCAGAUAUUCUCAAGUAUCUGUGUGAAUGCCAGUUUGAUGAGAAUAUGAAGUUCAAGAUGGCGGUGAAUGAGGAGGAUCCAGAUCAGAUGCGCCUGCAACCGAUCGGCAAGGAUGAAGAAGGGCUGCUCUACUGGUUCCAGCUCGAUCAGGACCAAAACGUACGACUCUAUGUGGAGGAGCAGGACGACCUCAACGGUUCCUCUUGGAGGUGCAUCGUCAGGUCUAGAAAUGAGCUAGCCGACAUUUUGGAACGACUCAAAGCCAAGAUAGAGCCAGAAGUGACUGAUGAGGAGCGACGUGAUGGAGCUUCUGGAGGUCCAGGAGAAGAGGAGAGGAGCAAGAUUGAGGAGAAAGGCUCCAGUGGUUUAAAGACAGCCUGCAAAGAAGAGGGAGAGAAACAGAGGCCAUUAAUAACCAAGACUGAAAUUGGUUUAAAUUCUGAUAGUGCUGUCAAGGAGAAUCAGACUGUGAAUGUGAAAAUCAAAAAACAUUUAUUGAACAAUCCUUCUAAAGAAGAUGAAAAGAAGGCACUUGAGCUGAAGGAGUUUGGCACAGAGACGUCCAAAUUGCCUCAAGUUAUAGACAACAGAGUUAGCACGAUUAAGAGCCUGAUGAAGGACGAGCCAAAGGAUUCUCCUCAACACUGGAAUGCCAUCUCUGUCGUCAUGGCACCGGGCUCCAUCAAGCAAGAACUUCCGGUGAAGCCGGAUGCCAGCGAGAGGGCCAUGAAGAGCGACCAGCAGGCAAAAAUACCCCUAAAGAAGCGUAACUAUACCCACGUAAACCAUAACAAUAACAGCAACGGUAGUGUCAGCGUCGGUGGGAUAAUCGUCCCCAAUCCAGCUGUGUUGGAACAUUCUGGAGAAAAGAAACCACUGUCGUGUUCACCUCCUACAGAAAAUCCACAGACACUAAACAGUCAAUUAGACAAGGUUGCACCUACUGAUCCGAAUAAAAGAGCCACUAUUGGGGUGAUAAUGGGUCCAAUUGAGAGAUUUAAAACAUUAUCUGAACCUGAAAAGAACAGGAACGGAAUACAUGGUGAACAAGAUGUGAUUUUCAAGACUGAGCUGACUGAGAACAUAAGGCAGUCGGUUGUAGUCACCAAACCGGAUCUAACCCAGGCCACCCAUCAUGCCAGCAUCAGUGAAGACGCAAGUCUUCCGGCUAAGCCUACAGAUAGUGAUGAAAAUGGAAGGGAAAGAGUCAAAUUAGUACUAGCUCUACCCAAAGCUGGUGAAAAGCAUCUCAAAGAGGUGAAGACGGAAAUAAGAACAAAUGCAGAGGAAAAGAUCAAGCAGGAAACCCCAGGAUCAUCCACACCAAAGCUGGAAGAAAUGGGUAGUUCGGAAGAGCCGAGCAGAAAGAGGAAAGCUGAAGAGUCACUGCUUACAGAAGAACAACAACCUGCAGAAGAAAACAGAGUCAAAGGAUUUAAAAGAAAAAAACGCUCCGACAAAUCCAAGCUCAAGAUGCACCUCAGAGAAGACGAGGAAGCUUCAUCCGAGCUCCAGAAGGAAGGAAUCCGGUUAAAGAUCACCAUGCACAGACGUUCUCCGGGGCUCCGCAGGUCCAACCGAAUCUGCAAGCCCAGUCCCAAACUGGCUGAGAUCCGUGAGAGGAAACACACAGAUCAGGAGGAGGAAACCGCACCACUGAGUAAGGACGGGAACAAGAAAACUGGCACAGAUGAGCCAGUCAAGCCCACUAAGGCUAAACGGCGGCACAGGCGGCCUCGCUGGACAAAACCUGUGAAAGCCCGCAGAAUCGAAGCUGUUGUAGUGGGAGGCGACAAGCUUGAGAAUGAAUCCGAGCCAGACGAUGAGAAGACUGAUCCUGAAUCGGAGCACAUGGACCAAGCUCCACCUGAAGAUGCAUGUAAACACUGCCGCCUCGCCAACCACCCAGAACUGAUUCUUCUGUGUGACAUGUGUGACAGCGGCUACCACACGGCAUGCCUGCGCCCUCCUUUGAUGAUCAUUCCUGAUGGAGAGUGGUUCUGCCCUCCAUGCCAACAUAAGCGGCUGUGUGAGAAGCUUGAGGAGCAGCUGCAGAAUCUGGACUCGGCUCUAAAGAAGCGGGAUCGAGCUGAGAGGAGGCGAGAGCGUUUGGUGUAUGUGGGCAUCAGUGUGGAGAACAUCAUUCCCAAUCCAGAUGCUGAUGUAGAAGACGAAAAGGAAGAAAAGAAGAAAGGUGCAAAGAAGUGUAAGAACCUGGAGAGAAGAUCAACAAGGAAGAGAAAGUCCAUCAGCUACAGGUUUGACGACUUUGAUGACGCCAUUGAUGAAGCAAUAGAGGAAGAUUUCCAGAAUUCAGAGACAGAAGCUCUGGGUCAUGGUAAGAAAGCCACUGCCAUCACAGACCAGCAGGAGAAAGAAGAAGCCAAAGAGACCCGACAGCCUGCCAAAACGCUGGCGUCUCGCAAGAGGAAACAUCAUCGGAGACUGAACGACCUGGACAGCGAGAGCACGCCGGACGAGGAGGAAAGUGAGGAGGAGUUCCACCUCAGCGACAGCAUGGAAGAGAAGGAGUUUGUCGUGUCGGGGGACGAUGAUGGAGGCAGUGAUGCUGAUGCUGAUGCUGGAUCCUGGGACGGGAGUGACAGCGCAGUGGAACGUCUGCCUCCGGCCAGAAGAACAGCCAGGAACAGAAGAGCCCAGAAAACCAGGAGGAGCACAAGGAGAUCAGCCAAACAUGAUCAUCCAGGCUCUUCAGAGGAAGAGGAAGAGGAUGAGGAAGAGAUAGAAUCUGAAGGCUCCAGCGAGUUCAGCGACAGCGACGUGAAUCUGAGCAGAAGGAGAUCAAGGCGCAGCCAGAAAGCUCAGAUCAACUACUGCGAGAAUUCAGAGUCCGAGGGGUCACCACAAGCCUCCAAACACAAAUCUAACCAGCCACCACGCCCACGCCCACGCCCACGCCGACACUCCAGCUCCAACACAUCGGUUCUAUCCAAGGAUUCAGAGCCAGAGGAGGAACCUGACCUAAGGAGCAGGCGGAGGGCCAGAAAGAAACAAUCUACGCAGCGGGACUCCAAACAAAGACACAAAAGGCUCCUUCAAGCAAAAAGUUCAAGUGACGAAGAGGAAGAGAAGAACAUAAAAUCAGACGGGGAUGAAGGCAUCAUCGAGUCGGAAGAGGAGGAGCGGCCGCUCCGCAGGAAGCUGAACCGUAUAGAGACAGACGAGGAAGAGGACGACGUGGAGAAAAGACAGACGAGAAGGACGGGCAGCAAAGUUAAAGACUUGAGGCUGCAGAGUGCGAGGGCGCCACCAAAAGGCUCAAAGGAAUCAGUACUGAAGCACAACGGCCUGCCGCCCGCGAGGCCCUCGGCUCAGGACGAGGAAGACGAAGAGGAAGAGGAUGAUGACCCUGACGCCACGACAGACUUUGUCAAUUUUGUUUUUGACAGCGAACAGUUAUCGUGAUGGGCUGGAAAAACUUUUCUUGUUUUUUGCAGGUUAAUGCCAACAUGUUGGACGUCUUGUGUGUCUCUCCUGUUUUCUGAGUCAAUUGGACCAAUCCAAGCUUGUAGAGGAAUUCUGUCAAAAUGUACUCCAUAUAAUAACAUGUACAGACCGGUAUAGAGACAGGGUUUCAUGUCCUGAUUCUGCCAACUGACAGGUGAUUCUGAGCAGAGAGGCCGGGGCCUUGGUUUAAUUUGAUUAGCCAAUUACGAAGGAUGGUAUACAUCCCAUUAAAUUUUAGCUAAUUUUAAUUCGCUUGCUGUCUGAUGUAAUUGAUUUUAUACACCUGGUAAAAACAUUUCAGUUAUUAUUAUUAAUUUUUUUAUGCAUUUUCUCCCUUUCCCCCGACUUUAGCGUGUCCAAUUGCCCGAUUGCAUCAUGCUUCCUCUCCACUAAUGCCGACCCCGGCUCUGAUUGAGGAGAACUAAGCUAACCACGCCCCCUCCGACAUGUGGGCAGCAGCCGUAUGCAUCUUGUCACCUACACUAGGCGAGUGCAUAUGCGGAUCAGCACUGUGUACGGAGAGACACACCCUGAUCAGCGCACUCUUUCCUCGUCUCUGUGCAGGCGCCAUCAAUCAGCCAGCAGAGGUCGUAGUUGCAUCAGUCAUGAGAGAGUCAUCCCACUCCCUAUAUAAACAAUAGGCCAAUCGUUGUUCAUGUGGCUGCUCAGCCCAGCCAGCAGACAGAGCUGAGACUCGAUACGAUGUUUUCGAGAUCCCAGCUUUAGUGUUCUUGGUGUGUUUUUACCGCUGCGCCACCUGAGCGGCCCAAAACAUUUCAAUUAUUAGUAGUGAUAAUUGAAGGAGUGUCCACAUACUUUUUUUUAAUAUAGGAGUGUCCACAUACUUUUGGGUAUGUGGUGUGUAUGAACAGAAAAAAAAUCCUUAUUACCCCAAACUUAAUUUGUCCAAUUUGUGCUGUUCCAGCAAGACCUUAAAUUUGUUAUUGCACCUUAUUUUCUUCAUGGUCAGCUUGCUCACCACCGUGGAGAGCUUAAGCUUUCAGGUUCAAACCUCAGUGGUGCUGACUGGGCACCCAACAUGCACAGCUGGCCGUGUCUGAGUAAAUGAAGGUCUGUUAGGGUUUCUCCUCAUUGCUGCUGCAACAGUGACCUCUGCUGUCUGGUCCAGGCACCUGCAUGAGUAGUGGAGGAUCACAUAAGGCAUAGAGUGUUCCUCUGAACACAGUGUGGCUCCACUGAAUCCAGCACUCACUCACUCACUUUCUUAACUGCUUAUCCAAUUAGGGUCGCGGGGGAGUGCUGGAACCUAUCCCAGCUUUUCAAUGGGCGCAAGGCACACAGUAACCCCCUGGACGGGACGCCAGUCCAUCGCAGGGCAGACACACAUACACACACCCAUUCACCUAUAGGGCAAUUCAGUGUCUCCAAUUAACCUGACUGCAUGUUUUUGGACUGUGGGAGGUAACCGGAGCUCCCGGAGGAAACCCACGCAGACACGGGGAGAACAUGCAAACUCCACACAGAAAGGACCCGGACCGCCCCGCCUGGGGAUCGAACCCAGGAGCUUCUUGCUGUGAGGCGACAGUGCUACCCACCGAGCCACUCUGCCACCCUGAAUCCAACACUACCUGUUUUAAAAAAGCAGACAGCAAUUUCACACAUUUCGAAUGGGGCAGAUGGUUGUCAGGGGCCCCCUUCUGGAAGUGAAGAGGAGGUGCAAACAGCGGAAAUGUUACACUUUCAUUUACAAUGUUACACUAGUUGUGUAUACAACCUAACGGUAUGUAAUAAAUAAAAAAAAGAGUACUGUGUAUAGCUAAUAGCUAAUCUGAUCUUAGCUAUCUACUCAUUACAUAUUGACACACUUUUCUAGAAAUUAACCAACAUAUCUGAGGAUAUUGUUGAUCUUUCUGACGCUUUUGUCUUUUACUACAUUGACGGUCACUAUAAAUAGCUUAAUGACAAGGUGCUAGCUAAAUCUUUAGUUUCAGACAUUAGAUAAAAAGGUAUUUUUGUAACAAAUGACCUAACAUUACUAGCCGAAAUAUUUUACAAAGCACAUGGAUUUUGUGUAGCAACCAUUCAACUUUUCAAAAGUGAGAUUUACAGAUGUACACUUCCAACACACUAGUAAUACCUUAUCAGACACCUGAAACACACAGCAACAUUCUAGCAACACCCUGACAACCUAAAUUACCCUCUCAACCAUUAGAGAUAUUAUAGCAAUCACAUAAAGUACCUUAACAGCCACAAACCUGGCAUAACUUACCAAGCACACUAACAACCACCAGACACACCAUAGUUGCCACCUAGCAACACUAAAGCUGCACAAUUCCAUUUCUAGUUACAUUUUUACUCUGUUGCUGAUUCCUUUAGCUAUCGCUACAGAACUGUUACACUGAGCAUUGAAAGCACUGAUCAGCCAAGCUGAAUAUAGAAAAAGAAAAGCCAAUGGUGAUGUUGUAUGAUUGACAUUUGUGAUUGGCUGAUCAGAUUUUAACUUCAGCUCUGUCCCUGUCUCUUGGUGGAAUCAGGAUGCUUAAGUAAUCUGUGUACAUUAAACCAGUUCCUCUCAGAAUAAAGCAGGCUGUAAUUACUGGCAGUAGAGUGUGAGCUGUACAGCGGAACCGUCUCUCAUCCUGUAGGAACACUGUACACUUUCAGCUUGUACAUUAGCACCUUUUAAAUCUGUGGUUUAGAAAUGUUUUGGCUUUUAUUUUCUGUACAAAAUGCAAACGUUUUAUAUGAAAAGAGGUUCUAUGGAAAUCUGCUGAACAGUGUGGUUUUGCUAAUGUUGAAUUAGCUUUAAAGCCAGCCCUAAUAGUUUUAUUAAUAGAGUCGUUCUUUGGUAAUCUGGUCGUAUUAACAAGUUUUCAAGUGUAACAAAAUGAAAAGGCACAUCAUUUAUUUAUAUAUGAUUAGCUGGUUUUAUGUAGUUCACUUACAUAUACUUUAUAGCAUCUUUAUAUACAAUUCUUGUAAUUAUACUACUGUCCUAAAAAAUUAGAGUAUUUCAUUAAAAAAUGAAAUUUUUUAAACCUAAUCUCUGUACAUCACAUCUGCAGGAUACUGGCAAAAUCACAGAGGAUUCUUUAAACACACUUCUCCCGUACCGAAAGAUUUACUAGUAAUCAUUUUUUUUCUAUGUAUUUAUGCAUUUUCUCCCAAUUUAGCAUAGUCAAUUUGUCUUUCGCUGCUGGGGGAUCCCUGAUUGCAGUCAAGGUGGUUAUAUUGCUGCUCACGCCUCCACCGACCCGCGUGCAGCCUUUAGUGGACACCUUCUUUUCUCUAUCUGCCAAUCAGGGUCCUUACACAACGUUUGAAGACCCCACCCACAUAGUCCGGUCAUUCCGCCCUAGCAGAAAUGUGUCUGCUGCAGGCACUGCCAAUUAUGCCCAGCCAACCGAUGGCAAGACGAGUUUCGAACCAAUGAGUUCAGAAUCUCUGCGCUGGUGUGCUAGCGGAAUAUCCUGCUGCACCACCUGGGCACUGUACUAGUAAUAAUUUAAUUUGAAAGUGUUUAUGUAAAAUAUAUAUAAGAUAUUUCAGUUCUUAUUAAUGAAACCAUAGUAAAAUCAUAUUUUUAAAGUAAAUAUAAGGUAUGUUUCAUUCGAAUUAUUUAAUUGAUUUUUAUUUACCGGUCACCAUUGUUUAAUGUCUGAAAUCAGUUUUACUGGUAAUCAUUCAGUUGUUGUCUGUAUGGCCAAAAUUAUUCAGACCCCUGAUCAUGAGCUUUCUGGACACCCCAUAUUUAAAAACAAACACUGAAAAUAGUGACCUCUGUGUGACCCUUUCCAUUCAUACUGAUGUUAGUCAAGAAAGCCUCAAUUGAUGUUCCCGUUUCAUGAUGUGUGCAGCCGCUGGUGGCUUCUUUACACCAGCCAGUGGUGGAUUCUCAAAGUCAAUCUAUGCCCUUUGUUUUCCACCACUACUGGUGCUGCUGCCUCAGUCAGACUGCAGAAGUUGCAUUUGCAUUGGAGAUGGGGAGAAACCCUAGAAAACCUUUCCUUCCUCUUACACAGCUAAAUGUUAAGUGCCUGACCAGGCAGAUGGCACCACUGAGACUCGAACAGUGGUGGGCUAGUGUGUCACCCACGCCCCCAUAGAUGUUUUUAGUGAUAAAAAUCUUUUUUUUUUAUUACUAUUUUUUACUAGUAAUUACUAGUUUAACUGUUUAAAAUCUAUUUUUGCCUGCUGAAAUAUUUUUUUCACCUGUUCUUUGGACUUACUAUAAGUCAGGUUAACGUUAAAAUGAUCAUAACUGAGUGUUUAACGUCAGUAUGGUAGACAGAGAGGAGGUCGUAGAUUGCUGAAGUAUUCUUUUUAAGCAGUGUACUAUUCAGUGCAUCUGCAACAAUGAUACUCUGUUCACGUUGACUUCAUGUUGACAUUGUAUUGUUUUUUUAGUUUUUUUAUAAAGUAUGGUAUGUGCCUGUUAGGUUGCCAUUAGGCUGUCAGAAAUCAGAUCUUUGAAGAUUAAAAGCACUUCUUGAAGCACCUUGAAUUGUUUCAGUUGGUCCACUGUUAUCAGCAGCUUGUAGUUCUGCACUGGAAGUUUCAUUUUAAUUCUAGAGCACUUUAGAAAUGACUCUGGUUACAAACACACACACCAAUUAAAACUGGGUCCUGUAAAAUCCAACGCUACCAAACCAUUCCAUUAAAAAACACCACAUUAACAGAGUCUCACAUCAGAAGUGUCAUCCUCCAGAGUCCAUGUGAAAGUGGCCUUUGUCUGCUGUAAGAUUAUACAACUGGAACCAGUGUUUCUUCUGUUUUACUCUCUAAUGUUCAGUCUCAAUACUUAAAUCAAAAUAAAUUUGACUAGCAUC